CAUUAUUGUGCUCUGUGUGUGUGUCAUGGAGGGGGUGACUUUCUGGUCCCUUCAACUGUUUGUACAGUUUUGUUUGGAAUAAUGAUAGCGAUCAGAAAUCAGAAGUUUUUUUUGGCAAACUUUAACCCCAAAAUUGAUCAUUCAUUGUGCGUGUUUGUAAAGUCGAGAGUUCAGUCGUCCUGAGCUGUGUUCCUCUGCAAGGGAUAACUCUUACAAAUAUACAGGGAAUCUCGGGUCAGAAUGGGCUUUGCGGAUCUUUUGGAUGAAGUCGGCGGGUUUGGACGCUUUCAGAUGAUUCACGUCACUCUGCUCUCCAUCCCAGGUCUUCUAAUGGCUAGCCAGAAUUUACUGAAUAACUUCACUGCUGGCGUGCCGGAGCAUCAUUGUCGCAUACCCAAUGUAACGACUGCAAUGAAUGACAGCACAACAACCCUCCUGCGUGCAUUUAUCCCGCUGGAUUCCUCCUUAACGCUGUCCAAAUGCUCCCGGUACAAAGAUACUCAGUGGCAUUUAAUCACAGACAAACUGAGUCAUGGAAAUGCGACGGAACUGCAAACAGAGGGUUGUGCCGAUGGCUGGACAUACGACAAGUCUGAAUUCAUCUCAUCUAUUGUGUCAGAAGUUUGGCCGAAAGGCCUUGUUGAUUUGGUCAUAUUUCCAGCUCGCACUCUUGGGCUCAUUCACAGCUCUCGCUCCGUCUUAUGUGGUCUACUGCAUCUUCAGAUUCCUGACAGGAAUGUCAGUUUCUGGAGUCAUUCUCAAUGCUGUCUCCCUCAAGGUGGAGUGGAUUCCCACUAAGACUCGGACUCUGGUGGGCACCUUAUCAUCUUUCUUCUUCACAUUCGGUCAGAUGGUUCUAGCUGGAGUGGCAUACAGUCUAAGGGACUGGCGCAAAAUACAAAUGGCCGUCUGCCUUCCGUUUUUCAUCUUCUUCAUGUACAGCUGGUGGUUCUCUGAAUCGGCCCGCUGGCUGGUGUUGAAUGGUCGAUCUGAAGAGGCGCUGAAGCUUCUCCACCGCGUAGCUAAAAUUAACGGCAAGCCUGAGAUGACAGAGAAGAUCACUUUAGAGGAGCUGGAGUCCCACAUGCAGAAAGAGGUUCAGUCCAGUAAGAGCAUAUACACUGUGUUUGACCUCCUGAGAACACCAACCAUGAGGAAGAUCUCCAUGUGCCUUAUGGUCGUCUGGUUUUCAACUAGCUUUGCAUAUUACGGUCUGGCUAUGGACCUGCAGAAGUUCGGGGUGAACAUCUAUCUGAUGCAGGUGAUCUUCGGGGCGGUGGAUUUUCCUGCUAAACUCGUGGCUCUUCUGAUGCUGAGCUUUCUGGGCCGACGCUUGACUCAAGGCGCAUGUCUCCUGGUGUCAGCAUCUAUAAUAUUUGCUAACAUCUUUGUCCCUGAAGAUAUGCAGGUCACAAGGACAGCACUGGCCGUUCUUGGAAAGGGAUUCACAUCCGCCUCCUUCACCUGUGUCUACUUGUUUACUGGAGAGCUUUACCCUACUGUCAUCAGGCAGACUGGUAUGGGCUUUGUCUCUACCAUGUCCAGAAUAGGAUCCAUGGCUGCACCUGCUGUUCUGAUCUUGGACGAUAUCCUGCCAGCUCUGCCUAGCAUAGUAUACGGAGGAUCAGCUGUCAUCGCUGGUUUAAUAGCAUUUUUGCUCCCUGAAACGCUCAACAUCCCCCUGCCCGACACCAUUGAUGACGUGGAGGAGAAAUGGGAAAAGAAAAACAACACUGCUGAGGAUCUGGCCUUACAGGACGUCAAACAGGUUGGAGGAGCACAUGAGGAGAACAACUCUACUCCAGCUGCUGAAGCAAAUCCAGUUCUCCUCAACUCAUAGUUAUUAUAUCAAACAGAGCUACAACACUGGACCAUGCCUUUUGUUUUUAAUUCCCAAAGCAAUUACUAAUCUGGUAAAUGCAUUAUGUUGUACAAUGCAUAAUGCACUGCACAUAUCAUCCAUGCAAUUUAUUUCAUAAGUUAUAUAAGGAUGAUCUUAAAUUUAGCUUAUUUUUAUUAUGCUGAAAAAUCCCGGUGAAUGGACCUUGAGUUAAGUGCAUGAUUGCAGAAAUCGGUCUUGUUAAGAUUUAACAUGCAUUCAGGUAAGACGUCUUUUAAAAGGUUAUUAUCAUACACUGUAAUGAAGCUUAUGCAAUCACUUAAUGUGAAACACUAGUAACACUUUUGUUUAGGUACCAAAUCUAAACCCAACUAUUACACCACCCCUAUUUACAAGAUGAGAAAUAAGUCUCUGAUGUCUCUAGAGUGUGUAUGUGAAGUUUAAGCUCAGAAUAGCAAGCAAAUAAUGUUUUAUUACUCUGUGAAAUUGCCCCUGGUAGGCUUUGAUCCUAACUAUGGCGUUUUGGUGACUGUCGCUUUAAAUUCAAAUGAGAUUGUGCUGUGUUCAGACGAGGGCGGAGCUACAAAUGCCUGUGAGUCAACAUAGUGGCAGAUUCAAAACUCUAAUGGACAGUUGGCUGCUUCUCACUCAGGGCUGUCUAUGCUAAUGAGAGAGAUGGUCACUAGUAGUGGGCGGGGCUUUCCCCCUCUGAUGCCACAUACAAAGGGAGAAUGUCAAUCAAAGUGUUUUUAUCAAGUGUGGUUAUAAACAACUCAAUUAAUACAUAUGUACAAUAAGAAGCUGCUUAUUUUCACACACUGUAGCCACACAACUGUCUUAAAAUCGAUUUUUGCAUAAUAGGUGCCCUUUAAAAUAAAGCAGAAUCACAACAUUAAUCAGUAUGACAUUUAAAAUUUAAAUAGAUUUCGGUUUACAAGUUUAAGUUCAUUAACAUUAGUUAGGUAUCAUCAACAUUUUAUAAAGUGUAUAUUGUAAGUUGGUGUUAAUUUAAACCAUUGUUCAUUAUUAAUUCAUGCUUAUUGAUAACGAAUUAGAGUCUUCAUAAACGAAUAUGCAUUUGUUAGCUAUGCAUGUCUAUUAUAAUGUUUUAUAAUCAUUGUUCAUUUUGGUGUGUGAUAUAACAACGCAAUCUCACGGCAAUUCGUAACCUUUUGAUUUAGUGGCUAAUUCGUAUGAAUUCGUACAAUCUAAUUCGUACAAUUUAGUACGAUUUGCUCAUCACCCAGUGACGGUUGGGGUUAGGAGUGGGGUUGGGUGCCACGCCUCCUUUCUUAAAGUCGUACAUUUUCAUGCAACUGAACUCGUACGAACUAGACACUAAACUGACAAAACGUAAAAUACUUACGUUUCCUCGUAGUAUCAGGCUGGAUAUAACGCCAAUGUGUUAGAUAAUGCUAAUAUAUGAAACUGAUUAAAUAUAAGUGUAGGUCAACGUUCCGAUCCCCUUUUUUACCUUCCCAAUAGUGAUUACGAUUACUAAACCAAUACCUGAGUGUGUAUCUGUAGAAACAGUUGUGUUAGUACUACUAGCCCUGUAUAAAUUGACCGAAUUAAAUUAUGGUGUGCUUCAGGCUUAUCCAUUAAUAAAACAUGAACAAAUACAUA